AUGCUGUCAACUCCAUAUCCACAAGAUGCAUCUGAAAAUGGUGAACUUUCUAAAAAGCAGAAGAAAUGGCUUGAUGAUGAUUAUGUUUGCCGUUACACCAUUUUGAAUGCCAUGAACAACUCACUGUUCGACAUCUUUCAUAAAUAUUUUACUACUGUUGAGUUAUGGUGUGUAAUACAAAAUAGGUACGUAAAUGAAAAUGCUGGCAAUAAAUCAUUCAUUAUUAACAAAUUUAUUGAAUAUAGAAUGGAUGAUUCAAGGGCUGUCAUUGAUCAAAUCAAUGAACUUAAUGAUAUUGCAACUGAAUGUGCUGAUGCUGGUGAACCAAUUUCAGAGACUUUUCAAGUUUCUACUAUCAUAGGAAAACUACCUCCUUCAUGGAGUGAUUAUCAAAAAUAUUUAAAACACAAGAAGAAGUCUUUGUCAUUGGAUGAUCUGGUUAAGCAUAUUCAAAUUGAGAGUGAAGUCCGAAAGAGAGAUGAAGUUGUUAAUCAAGGAAAAGAAUGGAAGAAAGACUCUGCUAAGAAUAAGAGGCUUAAAGCAAAGAAUGACAAAUUCAAGAAAAAGAAGAAAGGUCCCUGUUGUGUGUGUGGAAAAAUGAGGCACAUUGCCAAGAUGUGCUACCACCGCAAAGGAAAAAAAUUUGAUGAAACCAACAUGGUUGGAGAAAAGGAUGAUUUGAUUGCCAUGCUCAUCGAGGUUCUCAUGAUCAACACAGAUGAUGAUUGGUGGGUAGAUUUGGGUGUAACAUGUCAUGUGACUCCCUACAAGAAUAUCUUCAAGAUAUAUGAAGAGUUUAAAGAUGAAAAAUCUAUUUUUAUGAGAAACUCCUCUUCAAGCACUAUUAUUGGAAAAGGAAUGUGA